CCAUGCUGCCUGCAGACUCUGAUGUCCCUCUUCCCCCUAACCCCUUGCUUGAUGAGGAAGCCCAUGGUCACCAUCACCAUGCUGGGAUGACCAUGACAACUCAGCUGCCCGUCCUACUUUGUCUACAAUCUCAGCAGUCACCUCUGGUGAGAUGAUCAUCGAUGUCAAAAUGAAAGGAGCAAAACCAAGUGAACCUGAUGGUUAUAUAUGCACUAGUUAUGAAGUUCCAUAUGAUGAAGCCUAUAUUGUAAAAUAUGAGGCACAGGCAGAUGCAGAAACAGCACAUCACAUACUGAUGUAUGGAUGUGAUGGAGCUGCUUACAGUGAUGCUGACAUAUGGAACUGUCCUGCAAUGUGCAAAGAUUCAGAGUCACAAAAAAUUAUAUUUGCUUGGGCCAAGAAUGCUCCACCAGCUGUGCUACCAAAAGGUGUUGGUUUUAAAGUGGGCAGGAAGUCCACAAUUAAAACCAUUGUCCUACAAAUUCAUUAUGCAAAAUCUUUUAGUGCUGAUGAGCAAGCCGAUUACUCAGGAAUACGUCUACACUUGACAGGACAAAAGCAGCAAUAUAUGGCUGGAAUCUUCUUGCUGUUAGCCAGCUUUUUCCAAGUGCCAAGUCAGACACCCAAGUUUCAUGUGGAUGCAAGCUGUGUGUACAGUGAUGAGACUAGCAUGUUUCCCUUCGCCUACAGAACCCAUGCACAUGCCCUGGGAACUGUGAUUACUGGCUACCAGUACAAUGGAACGUUCCAGCUGAUUGGUAAAGGAAACCCUCAGUGGCCACAGGCGUUCUAUCCAGCUAAUCCCAGCAUAGAAGUCAAGCCAGGGGAAAAGCUGAUUGCCAGAUGCACAUACAAUUCUACAGGCAGAGACCGAGUCACUUAUGUUGGUGGCACUGGAAAUGAUGAAAUGUGCAACUUUUACAUCAUGUACUACUCAAAUUCUUCAUCGAAAGAACCAGGAGGGGAGUGUUACACCAAUCAGCUGCCAUUGCUGGCUUCCAUGCUGCCUGCAGACUCUGAUGUCCCUCUUCCCCCUAACCCCUUGCUUGAUGAGGAAGCCCAUGGUCACCAUCACCAUGCUGGGAUGACCAUGACAACUUCAGCAGAAGGGGGUUCCACUCCUUCAUUGUUUGAAGCCUCCACAGGUAAACAAAUAGGCAUUCCAAGAUCUGCAGGGUCACAAAGUCAGGGUCAACCUCAAUAUGAUUAUGGAAGAAAAUCCCCAGAGCAAAACCUGUGGCUGCUUAUUUCACAAGAAAAGUACCCAGCUGCAGACUAUGAGGACUCAUCACUAGAAGCCAGGGAGAGUGAGAGACAGGAUCUACACUCAGAGAGAACAGGUACUAAGGAGCAGCUGCCAGAUGAAGACUUGUUUGAAGAAAUGCUGGACAGUCUGGGUCCCAUCAAGAUGCAGAAACGCCUGGGUAACGAGUAUUAUGACGAUUAUGCAGCAAACGAUGAGAGGGAUGAGAGUGAACUCCCAGAGGAGAACCCAGGACUGAGCAGAAAUCGCAACAAGGCUUUUGAGGCGAUCAACCAGGAGCUGCAUGACUUCCAGCACAUCAAGCCCCAUGCCAACGUUGAACCCAGCACUCGCUGGCAUCAUGAUCCCAGUUCAAGCUCUCAGAAAAAAGAUGGGUCAGUGGUGCUGGGUCAGGCAGACAAAAGUCAUCCACUGGAGCCACUGUCAGGACCACUUCAGUUUCAAUCCGAGUGGCCAGCUGAGUCUGUUCGAGUUGGGCAGGUAGGAGGCCUGGCAACCGACAAACAAGGCAAUGUCUACGUCUUCCAUCGUGGCACACGUAUUUGGAAUGCACAAUCAUUUGACUUCAAGCACCAGUUCCAGUUUCAAAAUGAGCCCAUAAAGGAAGACACUGUACUCAUAUUUAGCAAAGAUGGCAAACUGCUGCGCACAUUUGGUGCUGGCAUGUUUUAUAUGCCACAUGGUAUGACAGUGGAUAACAAUGGCAACAUCUGGCUGACAGAUGUUGCACUUCAUCAGGUGUUUCGCAUACCAGCAGGAGGAACUAAACCUGACUUAGAGCUAGGUGAACGCUUUAUUAAUGGUGAUGACUCAUUCCAUUUUUGUAAACCAGCUGAUGUUGCUGUAUUAACUUCUGGAGAAUUCUUUGUUUCUGAUGGGUACUGCAACAGCAGAGUGGUGAAGUUUUCCAAGGAUGGUAGCUUCAUCAAGCAGUGGGGAUCACAGAGUCUAUUUAAAGCACAAGGACCACCUCCGGGAACAUUUGACAUCCCCCAUAGCAUUACAGUGGCCGAGGACUUGGGCCUGGUGUGUGUUGCAGACCGUGAGAACAGUCGUAUACAGUGCUUUGAUUUGCAGGGAGCCUUUGUCAGACAAAUCAAGCACAAGGACUUCGGCUCUCGACUUUUCGCAGUUGAAUAUUGUCCUCGCCAUGGGGGCCUGCUGUUCGCAGUCAAUGGCCACUCUUUUGAAGGCGACAAUAAGGCACAAGGAUUCACUAUAGAUGCCAGAAGUGGAAGCAUCCUUGAACAUUGGAACUUGCCUGUGCCUAAGAGUCUUCAUACACCACACGAUGUAGCUGUUGAUAGCGAUGGUCAUAAUGUGUAUGUGGGCGAGCUCAACCCCUCUGCUGUUUGGAAGUUUUCUCGCCACAUCAACAUUACCACUCAGCACUCAGCUGGUACACAACCAGUACCUCAAGCAGUUAUUGAUAAAGAAUCCAUCACACAAAUUGCAGACAAGAAGAACAAAAUUGAGCCUGAGCCAGCUAACCCAGGAGAUGGAACAACCAUGGAACCAGCCAGGAAAGAGGAGCUGCUGAAGACACUGACAGAUCAGGCUGAGGCUGAGAAGAGUGAGGAGGAGGAUCUGUCAGACUUCACCCCCUCCAUCAUCAUUGGUGUGCUACUGGUCAUCCCAGUCAUACUGCUGCUAGUCAUCACCCUCGUCUUACGCAUGCACAGCAGAGGUCGGACAGCAUGUUUUUCAGGUUUGCGGUCUCCUAAGGUAUUCAGUCUGCAGGGUUUCUUGGGCAGUUCGCAUAAAGGCUUUGACAAACUGAGUCAGGAUGACAGCGAUCACGAAGGGGAUGCUCAUAGUGAUUCAGAUCACGAAGAAUUUCGCCAGCCACAAAAAGGCAAAAACAAAGCAUAGAUAAAGAAGACAACUAAGAGACUAAUAAGUGGGUGUGGCAUUCACUUGGGGUAGGGACCAUUCAUGAUUGCAACUAAUGAUCUUAAAGUCUUGUUAUGAACACCUGUAAGGCAAGUACUACGGAGAGGACCACGUUCAUCACACCUAACAGCCAGUCACACAACCUACAGGCUGCAGGCUGUGGUACUUUGAUGAGAAGUGCAUCUGAUAAAGAAUAAAUACAGGAUGAUAAAGCACAAGAUGCCUGCAGCAUUUUUUAUGCUUUUUCCGUUGAGGAACUUGUCAAAAGGGAUGUAGUAUGUGUGGGGUAGGGUGUGUAAUGCCAUAAUAUUCGACUAGUUAUUUGAGGGUUUAUGACAAAUACCAUGUAAAAUGUUAUGUAGUAUGUCAUCCUUCAUUGAUUGUUUUGGAUGAUAGUUGAUUUUAUGUACACAAUGCAAACUGUGUUGGUGUCAGUCUCAAAAUAAAUGUCUUUUUAAAAGUUUAUUUUAUAGUUACUGGAUCACCAUGAACAUAUUGAUACUGGGAUGCAAAUACUGCAUUUCUGUACGAUGAAAUGUAAAUCUAUAUUUUAUGUAAAUUUAUCAUCCAUCAUCUUGUGCACUUCCAUCAGAGUUGAUCUUUCUUUGGAAAUGAACACUUUGAGCAAUGAUUGUUCUGUGGAUUCUUUUGUCUUUUAGAAACAAAUCUAGGCAUCACUGUGCAGUCUCCUUACUGUGAGUGCGAUGACGACAUUAUCAAGUUUUUAUGUAGAUUUACAAAAACACAGGCAUUACAUUAUGCAGGUCAGUUUAAUAAUGACCAUUUUCAAAAGCACUUUGACCUAUUUUGUGUAAACAAUGAUACAGGAUGUUCCCCUUUAAAGUGUAUGAACUUGUGUAAAAAUUAUUCAUGUUAUUUCCAACAGAAGGUGCUGCUGAAACUGGUGUUUUAGAGCACUGUUAAUAGUGUCACUUUGUUAGAAGUGGGCAUCAUUUCUGGUACUUUGGCCAGUCCAGGGUGUAGCACAUCAUUGUUUCACAUUUUUGACGGAGUUGUUUUUGCUGUGGCAUUACGUACAAUAGUUUUCCACUUCUUUACCCUUGGACUAGUGCUCUUCCUCUUCAGAUUAGGACUUCAGUUAGGACUUCAAUUGCUUUUUGUUUUAUAGUUUGAAAAAAAUCCUGAAAUUACCCAAAGCGGUUUGAAGAGACAAAAGAGAAAUGUGAGCAAUGAUUCUUGCCUGCAUAAUUUUCUGGAUUGUUUAGCAAAUAUUUGUUUUUGCUACAUGUACUUGAAUAAAUUCUCUGAAAGCAGACUUCUUUAAUUUUCCUCUGAGCGUCGUCAGCUCUGACACCAAACCCUCAAACACAACAGAAGUGGGGAAGAGGCCAAAAACAGUGGCUUGCUGCAAGUAAGGGACUGGAUAUUUUUCACUUUUUUAGUUAAAUCUACACAAGCAUUGCCAAGGGCUGAACGGAAGAGUUAUUUGAAACUGUGUUAUAAACAUUUAGAUAUUUUUCCAUAUUUGAUAAUACAAUUUUUUUGACAUUGUUGUACAGUUGCUGUUCUAUGGACAUAUAGGUAGGUGUGAUGCACAGCAUAUAAUGAACUGUACUUAAAAUACAGCUGUCGUACAUUGCUGUAUUCAUGUCAGUAGCAGGGUGCCAGUGAUCAGUUGAAGAUAUAACCCUUGACCCUGGUGUUUAAGGAUUGUCUCCGGUGUUGUUGUUACUCCUGGGACAGACUAUAUGAGUACAGACCAUGCACUUUCUUGCUUUUUCAAGUACUUGCAUAGUUGGCUCUGGGUCAGUUUACUUUGCAGGUUGAUUUUACAAGCCUGCGUCUGUGACGAUUAUUUAUAACAUAUCAUUCCUCCUCUCAUUUUCUUUAUUUCGCUUAUUUUUAAGGUUCUGCAUUAUCAAUGUAGCCAUAUUCUAAAGCUGUUGUAGAUGUGCUCUUCAGUGUUCUAAUCAAAUGUUAGAAAAAGGUUGAGAAACAACUAAGAAGAAGUCUUUGUAAAGCAGUUUGCUGUUUUGAGGCAUUCCAUUAUUUGACAGUGAAGCAAGUGUCAGUUUUUAUUGUCAGACUGAUGCGUCUGCUACCACAAUAAGUUUUUUCAGAAUCAUUAUUUUUGCUUCUUUCAAUAAAAAAAAUGUAGACAACAUUUUGAGAGAAGACAGAUUAUUUCUACAUUUUUUGUGUAAUGUUAGUAUAAUUCUUACACCUGCAAGGUAACUAAAAACAGAAUAAUACAUGACAUAUGUUAAACUAUCCUAGCAUCUAGGUCAUGAUAUGUCUGUCUUACCUGAGGAUUAUAGUUGGGAAAUAUAAAUCUUUAUUAUGCCUUACCAAAAUGCUGUCAACCUAUAGUGCUGAUAAAGUUACGGCCACAGAUUUUAGUUUUGUUGUAUAAAGUCUACAAGAUGCAAAAAGAUCUCUGACAUGUAUAUUUCUUAUCAUUCCAAAUAAUUGGUUUUAUGUAAUCAUGUGAUAAGCUGUGACUUGUGAUCUAGACUAUGUAUACUUACCACAGACUUAAAAUAUCUCUAUGUUUUUAUGUUUUUGCUUUGUCGUUGGGACCGUUGCUUGUUAUAGGUUAUGGUUGUUUCCCUCUCCUCGCAUACUGGGUUUCCUGCUCUUUUCCUUCUCUUGUGUUUAUAGCUUUUAUGUUUAAAGUAAUGGUCGUAUAAUUUUUGCAAUGUGAUUCUGUUUUGAAUUGCACAAAAAUAUGGUAUAAGCCAAUUAUUAUUUAAUAUGAACUCAUAGUUUUUAGCUGAAGUUUAAUUUCUGGAACUGUACUCUUAAAUGAUGUUGAGAAAGCUGUGUUCUCAGUGUUAUGCUUUUAUGUUAAUAAACUUGGUUGGUAAUGUU